AUGGGUUCGCAAAAUUCGAAAAAUGGAAGAGUUAUACCUGUUAUUAAUGAGUCACUGGGUAGUGAAGCCCAUGAACAAUUUCGAUAUUUACUGGGUCGCAGAUUUCAUAAUGUAACUGACAUUAUUUACGAUUUGCCAAAUGACGAAAUCGAAGAUGUUUCACCAAUAUUUCCAACGGAAAUCAAACCUAAUAAUGUCAUUUUUAAAGAAGGGAAUAUCCUCAAUGGAAUCCCUCAUCCUGAUGAAUCAUUCGAUUUUGUACAUAUGGAAGUUGUACGUGUUAUCAAAAUUGGAGGUUGGUUAGAACUAUGUGAAUACGAAUUAUGUCAAAAUUGUGGUCCGGUAUUGGAAAAUGUUCCAAUUGGUUCAUGGGCUGGCAAGAUAGGAGAAGUGGUGAAUGUUUUCUCUGUUAAAGUAUUUAUUUACCGGUAUUUAUUUUUAUACGUAUUUGACUUUGAAAAAAAUUUUCAGGGAAGAGACAAUAUAAUUACUCGGAUGGUCGGAAUAAAGCCUGCCCUAUCUAUAUUCAUGAACAUUACUUCUGAAGAAUAUGACGAAAUGAUACAAAAAAGUAUUGAGGAGUUUAAUGA